UUGCAAGAAAGUCAUACAAACCAGACGAAACAGAACGCCACCUGACCAAUUCAACCAUCGCUUCGAUUUCGUAAGCGAUAAUAACUCAAGUUGGAAUAACAUGAACUAUUACAAUGAUUUAUACUUACGAAAUUUUAACCGAGAGAGAGAACCUUUAAAAGAAAACGACAACACAUUAGCACUUAACGAUGAAAGCAAUUUCCAUGCCAACAGUUCAUUGGUGUAUAUCGAUGAGCUUUAUGACAUUUUGGAAAACGAAAAAAAAGUGAAGAUAAAAAAACUUGACAACUCCGAUGUAGAGGAAUUCCUCAUUAUAGAAAAGCACAUUAAAUUAAAAAGGAAAAAGAAGAAAAAUAAUCCUUUCAAAAAGAAAAAGGAAAAAAAUGUGAAAAAAGAAAUGAGCCCUUUCUCAUUAAGAGACAUAAAUGAUGACAAUAAUGGGAAUCGUUUUGAUGUGCCGUCCUUCCCUGGAGAUAACUCUCUGAACAAAAAAAAAAAUAAAAUGAAAGAUCGAACAUCCUCGAAAAUUACUGAAGUGGAAACGUGGUGCAGUUCUUCAAAUGAUAAUAGGUAUGAUAUAUUCGAGGAGGAUAGAAAGCACAUGCUGAAGCAACGCCAAGUCAACAUGAAGGAUGAUCGGAAGUUGGGUCCCCAAAAGAGUGCCAAAAAUGUCAGGGAUAGUCGUAACAAUGACCAGAAUGCUCAGGGUAAGCCAAGCAGUGGCGCUAACAAGGACGCCAGUGAUCCGGGAAACGGUCACAAUCAUGGCAGCGAUUUCGGUUUAACGUUUGAAACAAGUGAGGUGAUAGACUCGCAAAAGGGAAAAAAGGCUGACAAAAAAGUUGGCAAAAAAGCUGACAAAAAAGCUGACAAAAAAGCUGACAAAAAAGCUGGCAAAAAAACUGACCAGGCUGCCAACAAAUUUGAUAUAUUCCCAGAUUG